AUGGGGAAAGAGAUAAACACACUCGAAAUUCCAGAAGAAAUAAUCGAAGAAAUCUUGCUCAAUUUGCCGGUGAAAACCCUAUUAAAAUUCAAGUGCGUUUCGAAACGAUGGCGUUCGUUAAUCUCCGGCAACUACUUCGCCAAGCGCCACUUCAAGAAAUCGAGUAGCACCACCGAUAAAGAUCUGACGGAUUCGACGUAUCAAAAUCGGCUCACCUUCUUCAAGCGCUACCAAACCAACUUCUUCACCGUGCGUUCGUAUUCUCUUCGAGGCGAACCCGUAAUCGAUUUGAGUACCGGUCUCGACAAUCUUUAUCCGGUCAGAAGUUCCGCCGAAUGGGGCUGCGUCGUCGGACAUUUUAACGGGGUGGUGCUGAUCACCGUCAGCGUGAGAGAUGUAUUGCUUUCGUGGAAUCCUUCGACUCGAAGAAUCAAGAAGAUUCCGCUACCUUCUUUUAGUUGGGGUUUGUUGCGAGAUUUCUCGUUCGGGUUCGGGUACCACGAGUCGACCGACGAGUACACGGUUGUGUGCGUUGAUAUAUCCGCUUAUCCGGAACCCUGCCCGGCACACGUGUAUAGUUCCAAGACCAAUUCUUGGAAGAAGAUUCGCGAUUUCGAGUUGGGUUGUCCGGGUAGAUUUUCGGCCAAGUUUGUUAAUGGAAGGUUCCAUUGGCUACUUCCUUUGAAAGUUAAUGGUCGCGGUUACGAUAUCGUUUCUCUUGAUUCGUUCGAGGAGAAGUACGAAGUUGUGGCUCGUCCGAGAUGCUUGGAUAUAGGGAGAAUAAUUGUGGGAGGAAUCUUGGACCGAUACGAUCAUCGACUAAAGUUGGAAGAAUUGGGCGGCUACCUUAGUUUGGUUGUUAUAAACGUUGACUCGUUAUGGGAAGUCAACAUUUGGGCUAUGAUGGAGUACGGCGCGGGCGAAUCUUGGACUAAGGUUUGGACGCUUUCCGAUUUUUUCGACGUCGGUCGGCGUUUGAUUUGCGUGAUGCCGUUGUGUUUGAAGAAUAAUGGAGAUAUUGCGGUGGCUGUUGACUCGAAUGUAGUUGUUGUUUGCAAUGGUAAAAAUGAGUUGUGCAGGUCUCGGAUUAAUAUUGUCGAUCAAGUGAAGCCCGUUUUCUACGAUGAAAGCUUGGUUUCACCGUUCGGUAGCGAUGAACGAUGA